ACGUUGGCCCAACCCAAACCUUCUUCAUCUCCUGUGAUUGGUUCUGAGAUUUUUACUACUUGACACAGUUAAUCUAUCUGCUUCUAAGUUGAAAGUGGUGGAAGCUUUUUGCCACGGCAGCAGACUGUGUAAGUGGUGGCAGAUGAGCCAUGGCUCUUACAUCUGUAUCCCUAUCUCCACCACCAUUAAUCCUCUCCAUUUCCAAGCCAAAACCUUGCCAUUCUCUUAACACCCACAACUUGUGUCUACCUUUCACUUCCUCCCCUCUAUACUUAUCCACUACUCUCUCUCCAAGUCAUAGAAUUCCUCAAAAAAACGACAAAUUUCGGAGGAGCAAUGCUACCUCUGAACAAGUUUUGCCUUCCGAAUCCACCGCACUUGAGACUUCUGAGCAGAUUGUGUCUUCAACUGGAGAUGAUGGUGUCUCCAACAUCAUAUCGAUUCUUCUUUUCGUUGCUUUUAUUGCUCUAACCAUUCUCACCAUUGGGGUAGUCUACAUAGCAGUGACAGAUUUGUUGCAGAAGAGGGAGAAAGACAAGUUUGAGAAAGAAGAGGCAGCUAAGAAGAAGAAGAAGAAGGGUGGAAAGAAGGUGAAGGUGAGAGCCAGAGCUGGGCCAAAAGGGUUUGGGCAAAAGAUUGAUGAUUUUGAUGAUGAUUGAUCAGGAAUGGCGAUUGAUGAUCAAGUAAGCUUCUCAUUGUCUUUGUAACUCAGAUUCAAUUUUAAGUCAUUAUUGAGAGUUGUGAAAUCUUUGGCUGUAUAGAAUGUAUUUUAUUGGUCUCUCAGUUAAUCGAUCAUGCCUAGGAUCAAUGAUUUUGCUUCUUGACCUGUAAUUGGUUUCAACUGGAGAAGUUGUUUAGGCCGUAAAAUAUAAAUCCCCAGUUGGGAUCAUUUGAUUAUGAAAUGUAACAAACUUGGUAUUUGCUUCUUCAAA